AUAACAAAUCGAUGGCUGCAACUUUUGAAAUUCUCUCCCCCUCCAAAUCGUCUCCCCUCCCAUUCCCUCUCUUUCGCUUUCCACUUUGUUUUUUUUUUCUCUAUGAAGAAGUCAACACAAGAUGUUGACGUGACUUAAUCGUCACCAUUCAAAUAUGAGAAGAUUGAAGAGAAGGAGAAUUUGACGGGAGAGAUCCUACUCCGAAAGACCGAUAAGCCAGCAACUUUUGAAAUUCCUUCCUUCCUCAAAGACAAUGAAGGCAAUCUCACUGACACUGUAUAUACUUCCUUUGAGGAUUGGAUUCAUCAGGACGCAUGGUCAUGUCUUGGUUAAAUUUUUACUUUAAAAUUAAAGUACAUUCUUAAAGAAUUGUUCUUUGGUUCUGCAAAGCAAAAGAAACAUGUCUGUGCUGCAUUUGUAACUUUAAUGUUCACUGCACUUUCCCUUUGCGUAUGACGAAAGACUACAUGACCACCAGGCUAGAUCUUUUUAUUCUAACGUCCUGCAUUACUGCAUUUGCUUGAUUUUCAGGAUUUUUGAAAAUAUAUAGUCAUGGAAAGUGAGAGAGAAAGUGGCGAAGUUGACGAUAGUACUUCUAUGGAAUCCGUUUGUAUAGACACUGAUGGUAUCGUUGAAGAAUUGACAAACACCAUCGGAGCAAAGCUUCUCAACCAUUCGCCAUUGCCAGCAUCCUGCUGCAUAUUCAGAGUUCCCCAUCAGAUUCGGCGAAAAAAAAUACAGGCAUACGAACCUGAUAUCGUCUCAAUCGGGCCCUUUCACCGAGGCCGCGGUGGCGAUCAAUUCCAACUCAUGGAAAAGGUGAAGCGCUGGUACUUGCAGUGCCUUCUCGCAGACGCAAACAUAACUUUGAAAAACUUGAUCACGGGUGUCGUGGAUUUCAACAAGCGCGCUCGUGAUUGUUACGCAGAGCCAUUGGAUCAUUUCAACAAGAAAGACUUCGUUGAGAUGAUGGUAAUCGACGGAUGCUUCCUAAUCGAACUAUUUCGUAAAGCACUUUCCGUCAAUCGACAAGACGAGAACGACCCCGUUUUCAAUGUGACCUGCAUGCUGCCAUAUCUUUACCAUGAUCUUCUCCUGCUAGAAAAUCAGCUGCCAUGGUUUGUUCUCGAGCGGUUAUACAAUUUAACCGCCGUGAAGAAUACUACUUCCGAAGGAAAUGCCUCCUCCCUCACCGACCUUGUCCUCAACUUCUUCAGACAAUCCGUGGCGGACGAUGAUAUUUUUAUUUUCAAACCGAGUCCGAAUGUCCCUCCCGAACCCCUGCACAUACUCGAUCUCAUAAGAACCGUGAUCGUUGUCCCGUUUGAAGAUUUAGGCUCCAAACGAAAAGAAGAGGGUGAAGACCAACAGCAGAGCAAGGAGAGAGAGCUGCCGCAGGGGGUUCCAAACGUGACAACUCUGUCCGAAGCCGGCAUUAAAUUCCAAAGAAGCUUCAAAACCCCGGACGGCAUAAUGAACAUAAAGUUCGAAAACGGGGUGUUCACGAUUCCACCACUAGAAAUCGACGAGCGGACGGGGCCUCUCUUCAGGAACCUCAUCGCCUUCGAGCAAUGCUGUCACAGCCGCCUCCACAAGAUAACAUCUUACGCCGUCCUGAUGGAUAAUCUCAUCGAUUCGAGCAAGGACAUCGACCUUCUUUGCGAGAUGGGAAUACUGGUGAACUGGCUGAGCCCGGAAGACGCUGCGCGGUUGUUCAACGAGCUGUACAACGACACGGCGGUCAUCGGAUUUUACUACGAGGGACUUUGCAACGAAGUGAACAAGUAUUACAAGACUGACUGGAACAAGUGGAUGGAAAAGCUGAGGCGCGAGCAUUUCGGUACGCCGUGGGCGAUUAUUUCUUUGGUCGCUGCGUUUAUUCUGCUGGUGCUCACAAUGUUGCAGACUGUAUAUGCAAUUCAUCAGUAUUAUCAUCCUCCUAAAUAGUUGUAUCAAUUUGUUAUUUGUCUUGA